GCUUUUGUAUAUCAUAUCCUACUCAACACCAUUACUCAAUCUACAAAUCCAACAAUAAUAAUCCAAUUAAAGAAUAUAUUCAUAGUUUCAAUAGUUAUGGAUAUUAACAUCGAAAACCAAGAAGCUGAUCCACUUCUUGAAAGAACACUUCUUCCUGAAUCUGUUGAGAAAACCUUAAUCCAAAAGGCAAUCAGCCAAACGUUCCAAAGUACGGCUCACUUAGCCAAUCUUCUGCCCACCGGUUCGGUUCUUGCUUUUCAAGUCCUUUCGCCCAUAUUCGCAAACCAGGGCGCGUGUGACCCUAUGAGCCGGGGCAUGACCGCUGCACUUGUAGCUCUGUGUGGCCUUUCAUGUUUUCUGUUUAGUUUCACUGAUAGCUUCAAGGAUGGAGAUGGUAAUGUGUGUUAUGGGUUCGCUACAAUACGCGGGUUGUAUGUCAUUGAUGGGAAUAUAAGUUUAGCACCGGAAGUUGCAGCUAAGUACAGAUUGAGAUUCAUAGAUUUCAUGCAUGCGUUCAUGUCAAUCAUGGUUUUUGCAGCUGUGACUCUAUUUAAUCAAGAUGUAGUGAAUUGCUUUUAUCCGUCACCGUCCGAUGAAAUCAAAGAGCUUCUUACGGCACUGCCUGUCGGUUUGGGAGUCGUUUGUAGUAUGUUGUUUGUUGUUUUCCCUACACAACGCCAUGGAAUUGGGUUUCCGGUUACCACUAAUUGAUUUACCUACUUUUUAUAUAGCAUAUUGUAACGAUUUAAACAAAUUGUGGAUCUACAUGUUUCUGUUAAGCAUCACCUCCGGCCAUUGUGAAACUUUUAUAAGCUUUUAUCA